AUGUCAAUGUUCGCGAGCAAACCGCAGCCGAAUGUUCAGGAAUCGUUCGAGGCGUUCUACGAGGGGUGGCUUGCGCGGCACGAGAGUUUCCUUCAGCAGCUUCUGAGCGUCACGCCCAAUGAUGACGAUGCAGAACAGAGGAUGCUGAUCGAGCAAGUUAUGUGCCAUUACCAGCAAUUUUUGGAGGAGAAAUCGAACGUGGCCAACGGCGACGUUUUCCUUCUCUUUUCUCCGCCCUGGCUUUCCGCCUACGAGAGGUCUCUGCUCUGGAUUGGGGACUACAAGCCCUCGCUCAUUCUCCGUCUCGCCGACGGCGCUGUCACCGGCUUAACGGCGGAGCAGAGGGAGAAAAUGGAGCGAGUCAGAGACGAGACGAAGCGAGCUGAGAGAGAGGUUUCCGAGGCAAUGGCUGCCGUUCAAGAGAGCAUGGCGAGUCCGCGCAUGCUGGCGCUCGUCAGAGUGGUUGACGGCGUGAAAACGGAGCAGGAAGCGGCGCUUCAGGUACUCAAGGAUGCGCUUAAGAAGGUUUCCGAGAGAGGCGACGAGCUUCGCGCGUCGACGAUGAGGAAGGUGGUGGAGAUCUUAAGCCCGCCGCAGACAGUGCAGUUACUGGUGGCGACGCUGCGCUUUCAGAUGCGCGUAAGGAAGAACGGUUUGCACCGAGACGAAGUUGGACCGUCAUGUUGA